ACAACGGAUAACGGUAGAACAAACCCCACUGCCUCCACUCCCUCUUGCUCUCUCCCCCUCUCCCACUACAUGUCUACAUCCCUCCCCUCCCUCAUCCCUUCCCGACCGCUUAUGAAAACCUAACACCUCCAAUCCGCCAAAACCUUAAUCUAUGGCGAAAAUCCUAAUCUCCUCACCCUCCUCCUUUUUUGCUUCCCCCCUCCCUCCUUUCCCCCGCCAUGGCCGGCCCGGCCUCCCCCUCUACCGCCCUCGGCGGGCGGAUACCAGGGUCAGGCUCAGCUUCCAUGAGAUUCCUCCUCCUCACGGCCUGGAUUCCUUCGUCGAUGUCUCCGGAAUUGUUUCCAGAGUGGAGGGUCUCCUGUACACGCUCGCCGAUGCUGCCGUGGCUGCUGAUCCUUCUUCCACGGGUGCUGCUGCUACCACUUCGGUUCAGAAGAACGGGGGAUGGUUCGGGUUCAUCUCGGACGCCAUGGAAGUAGUUCUUAAGGUGCUAAAAGAUGGCCUUACAGCUAUACACAUACCAUAUGCUUAUGGUUUUGCUAUCAUCUUGCUCACAGUUAUCGUUAAGGUGGCAACAUUUCCGUUGACGAAGAAACAGGUUGAAUCAAGUUUAGCAAUGCAAAAUUUACAGCCAAAGAUCAAAGCAAUUCAAGAGAGAUAUGCAGGCAACCAGGAAAGAAUACAACUGGAGACAGCCCGUUUGUACAGGCAAGCUGGGGUGAAUCCAUUAGCAGGAUGUUUACCUACUUUGGCUACCAUACCUGUGUGGAUUGGUCUUUAUCAAGCUCUCUCAAAUGUAGCAAAUGAGGGUUUGCUGACAGAAGGAUUUUUCUGGAUUCCUUCUUUGGGGGGCCCAACUACAAUUGCUGCUCGACAAAGUGGAUCUGGCAUUUCCUGGCUCAUACCAUUUGUGGAUGGACAUCCGCCUUUGGGCUGGUCAGACACAGUGGCUUACCUUGUUCUACCUGUGCUUCUUGUUGUUUCUCAGUAUGUCUCCAUGGAGAUCAUGAAACCCCCUCAGACUGAUGAUCCAGCUUCGAAAAACUCACUUCUCAUUUUCAAAUUCCUUCCUGUUAUGAUCGGUUACUUUGCUUUAUCAGUUCCAUCAGGAUUGUCAAUUUAUUGGUUUACAAACAAUAUCCUCAGCACUGCUCAACAACUAUGGUUACGAAAAUUAGGUGGUGCCAAGCCUGCUGUUGCGGAGGAUGGUGGUGGAAUCAUUAGUGCUGGACGGGCAAAGCGUUCUAGUUCUCAGCCAGUACGGGCGGGUGAAAGGUUUAAACAACUAAAAGAAGAAGAAAAUAGGCUAAAACUUAACAAAGCAUUGCCAGCUGAGGAGGUGCAGGUUCUGGCGUCUACAUCAGAUGCUGGUGAUAUUUCAGAUGGAAAAUCUAAGGAUAAGGAGGAAGAUCUAGAAGAAGCAUAUUCUGCUCCUGGCAAACAAAUUCCGAAUUAUACCAGGCCAAGGAAGGGUAAAAGAUCAAAACGGAAGCGCGCAGUGCAGUAGUUUAGAAGAUCACAUAUGAAUCUUUUACAACAUCUGGUGAGUGAUUUCUUCUCAUGCAGCUGUACCAUAAUGCAUGCACAUGGCCAUUUUGAUUUUGGACUUCUUUAGAAAGCAAGGUUUCAAAUGCAAAAAUCUUGUCAGGAGAGCAGCAAAAUGGGGCAGAAGAAAAUUUCUUAGCCAUUCCAUGACAUAAUGUUGGUCUGUAAAAGUUGUCAUCCAUUCCACUGUUGUUUUUUUGGAAUUUAUCAACUCCACUGUUCAGAUCCACAUCUAAGUAUAUACAAUCAAAGGUCGAUUGCAUGUUACCACCUGAGCAUAUCAAAUUGUAACAAUAUUAUGGUGGCAUUGUAUCAUUUAAAGGCUCAUUGAUUAUCCAAAUUGAGGUCUGAAUUUUAAAAAGAAA